CAGUACUCGACUGCUCUGUGAGAAAGUGGAACGGUACGAUCGGGAGAACAUGGUCUGAAGGUUCGACCGCGCUUAACAGUUGUGGAUUGACAUUGUACUUAGUAUUCAGGUUGUUGUUUCUGUUGCUAUAGUAACGUACGGUUUUAGGUCACUUACAAUUGUGAGUCUUACGGCUGAGCUGGACGAAUCGCAUCGUUGCUACGGAAACAUCGGGACAUCAGCCAGGUCCACCGCGCUCUUCUUAUAACGAUGGCAUAUCCAGGUCAGCCGACAGGACAGCCUGCUGACCAGUGGCAGCCUGGACAGGAUGGUCAACCUUAUCAAUGGGAUGACGCUCCAGACUCAGAUCCAGAGGACGAUCCCAACAGUGUAGCCCCUCAAGCUGCUAUACCAACUAGCGUAGAAAACACACCAGGGUAUCAACCUGUGCAGGGAUAUGAAAACGUCGGUUUUGGUGAAGGUUUUGUAGUCCCUCCACCACCUCUUACACUGCCAGCAGAAACUGAACGACCUACAGAGGAAUACUCAUCUGCUUCCAAUAUUAGUGAAGACGAUGCACGUGCAGCCAUGAUACAGUUUGUCAGUGAGCACUGUUGCUAUGGAUCAAAACCUGCUAAAGAAAUGGAGAUUAGUUCGAUUUUACCAUCUAGUGCCUUACAUUAUCAACUUGAGACAUUUUCAGAAAGUCGUGAAACCAGUCGUGAUUUUGUACAUUACAAGGGACGCAAACCUUUAAUGGGGCCAAUGCAUGGAAUGGCACCCCCACCAUGGAACAUCAUGUGUUCACCGACAAAUCUAUUUCAGGAUGAAGUCAAAGAGUUGGAAGUUCCCUACACAGCCUUUGCUGCAAGAUGUCACAAUUGUGAUGGUCGUGGCUUUAACCGUUGCUAUCGAUGUCAUGGGCGUGGUCGUGUACGAUGCGGGUCAUGUCAUGCCAGUGGUCACACAUGGCGUACAGAUGCUGAAGGUCAGAGGCACCAAGAAACAUGUCAUUCAUGCCAUGGAUCAGGAAGAAAAUGGUGUUACACAUGUGGAGGUGAUGGUCGAAUCACAUGUGCUUCCUGCAAAGGAUACCGUAUGCUGAAACAUUACGUCAAGUUGACUGUCAGAUUAGACAACGUUUACGUGCUGUUCCUGUAUCUGAGGUCGCAUACAAAUGGGAGGAUACCAAUACUAGAUUCUGGAUUUAUGGAAAUGAACAUAAAGUUCACGCUCCUGACUAUCCCCAACAGUGUUGCUGGGGCUGUUCUAUAUUGUAAAUAUGAAUACGUUUGA